UCGCAGGGGCAAAGAACGCAAGAUUUGCUGCGCUUUAGCUGCUUCCGUGCGCUAUUCUGAAUCUGAUCGUAGCUGGACAGAUUGUCGUGCCCGAUCCGAGGAAAUCAGCUUCUUAGUAGCUGAGAGUUUCUUUUUGAGUUCGGGGAGGUCGGUUUCGUGUGCGUGGUCACUUUACUCGGGUCGGUAACGCGGACUUUUUGGGUUUUAGUGGGCCGGUCUCGAGGAAGUGCAGGAAGAGGAGGAGAAUGAUGGGGCCGUGGGGACCGCGCUGUUCUCUGCUCUUGCUCGUGGUUCUGCAAUGCAGCAUUGCGGCCCUUGGAUUGUACGGUCCGUCGUCUGAUGUCGUUCAACUUUCUCCGGCAAAUUUUAAGUCGAAGGUUCUAGGUGCAGAUGGAGUAGUUUUGGUGGAGUUCUUCGCCCCAUGGUGCGGACACUGUAAAUCUCUAGCCCCUGCGUGGGAGAAGGCAGCCACUGCUCUGAAGGGAAUCGUCACAGUUGCCGCUCUCGAUGCAGAUGCUCACAAGUCUCUUGCACAGGAGUAUGGAAUUAAGGGAUUCCCCACAAUUAAGGUUUUUGGGGUUGGCAAGUCACCUGUGGACUACCAAGGUCCUCGUGAAGUUAAAGGCAUUGUUGACUAUGCUCUCCAGCAGGUCAAAACCCUCGCUCAAGCAAGACUAGGAAAGUCCAACGGUGGAAGCAAGAAGAGUGAGGAGAAGGCCACGUCAGUAGAGCUUACAUCUAAGAACUUUGACGACUUGGUACUACAAAGUACUGAUCUUUGGCUGGUCGAGUUCUACGCGCCAUGGUGUGGACAUUGCAAGAAAUUGGCUCCUGAAUGGAAAACAGCUGCUAAAAUCUUGAAAGGCAAGGUCAAAAUGGGUCAAGUUGACUGCGAUGCUGAGAAGGGUUUGAUGGGCAAGUAUGGCGUGAAAGGAUUCCCGACCAUCCUCGUCUUUGGAGUCGAUAAGUCAAACCCUUCACCUUAUGAGGGCGGCAGAGUGGCAUCAGAGAUUGAGUCCUUCGCUCUCAGACAACUCGAUGUUGCUACUCCAGAGGUUGUGGAGCUUACAGGACAGGAUGUCUUGGACAAGAAGUGUUCCUCAGCUGCCAUAUGUUUCGUGACAUUCUUGCCCGACAUUCUCGAUUCUACUGCCGCGGGCCGCAAGAAAUAUCUAGACACUCUGCUGACUGUUGCAGAAAAGUUCAAGAGAAGUGCCUACAGUUAUCUUUGGGCAGCAGCCGGUAAGCAACCAGCACUAGAGAAGGCAGUCGGUGUCGGUGGUUAUGGAUAUCCCGCAUUGGUGGCCGUGAACACCAAGAAAGGACUGUACAAUGCACUUCGGGGCGCUUUUGAAUUGGACGCUGUAGUGAACUUUGUGAAAGAAGCAGGAAGGGGAGGUAGAGGAAACGUCCCUCUUAUUACGUCGAUUGUGUUGGACGACACGCAGCCAUGGGAUGGCAAGGAUGGAGUGUUGAUUGAAGAGGAUGAGUUUUCUUUAGACGAGCUGAUGUCAGAUGACUCAGAUGAUUCUUCUGUUUAGGAGUAAAAUUAAAACACUACUCUGAUCACAGAAUAAAACUCGAAAAAGCUAUUUUGACGCGAAGCUUAUAGAAAGAAGAACCUUGUUUAGAAAUUUAUGGUUAAUGUUGCAGUCGAACGUGAACUUCGGAUUCUUUGCAUCUCAAUUGUGUUUUGAGUGGUGGAAAGAAGCCGCCGAAUUUAGUGAUAUCGGAUACUGUUCUGAAGUCAUUUGGUACUCAAUGCCGAAUUAUGGAACGUCAGGGGGAAGCUAAUAAUUCAACUGCUCGAAUUUGCUUAAGGUCGGACAAGGAAUGACUGUGAAGGCAACAAGUACUUUUCUCUAGAAUAAAUCGCGGCCACCCACACAUGACAUUAAGACGGGAAAGAGCUAAAAUCA